AUGACCAGGAGGGCAGGAUCCCAGUCCCAUCAGGCUGGAAGGUCUAUUCAGAUGGGUGGUAACCAACCACAGGCGGCUCGGAGAGUGUAUGCAUUGACCGGAGCCGAGGCAGCCAGCGUAGGUAAUCUCAUUGUUAGCAGUUGCUUAUUAUCCGGAGUUUCUUGCGUGACACUGUUUGAUUCGGGGGCGACACAUUCAUUUGUGUCGGAGGCUUGUGUGGAGAGGCUGGGUUUAGUACUCAGAGAGCUUCCGUGCGAUCUGGUGGUGUCUACACCAGCUGCUGGGUUAGUCAGGACGUCUAAUGUGUGCUCCAGAUGUCCUAUUGAGGUCGAGGGGCGCAGGUUCAGAGUGAACCUUAUUUUUCUGCCUUUGCAAGGGCUAGAGGUAAUUCUGGGAAUGGAUUGGUUAGCCGCCAAUCGUAUUCUCUUAGAUUGCGGUGGGAAAAGGUUAGUGUUUCCCAAUGAAGAUGAAGACCUAUCGUUAUCACUCGGUGUGUUGAGGCAAGACAUCUUUGAGGGUGCUAGCUGUUUCCUAAUCCUGUUUCACAUGGAAGGAACCCUUGACUCCAUCUCUUCAGCGCAUGGGAGCCAAAGCGUCGACCUUAAGAUUGUGAAUGACUUCUUAGAUGUAUUCCCUAAAGAAGUGCAGGGCUUACCUCUCCCACGUGAGGUCGAGUUCUCUAUAGACCUAGUGCCAGGUGCAGGACCGGUGUCUAUAGCUCCAUAUCGGAUGGCUCCGGCUGAAUUGGCUGAACUGAAGAAUCAGAUUGAAGAGUUACUAGAGAAGCAAUUUAUCAAGCCAAGUGUUUCACCGUGGGGUGCCCCAGUACUACUAGUGAAGAAGAAGGAUGGUAGUUCUAGACUGUGA